CAUUGUGACCACCAGCGGAAGUAAACAAAACGAAGGAGCUCUAAUACGAUAUUGUAGGGAAAGCGCAGCUAAUUAUUGAAUUUCAUACAAAUAACAAUGUCUUCAGUUGAGUGUUUGAGAGAGUUUGUCAACGAGCGACUAACAGCUGCUGCUGAAGAAAUAUUCAGAGUUUUUAAACAAACUAUCGUCGAGUACGAGGAAGAGAUCGACCGUCAGCGCAAACUGCUGGGUGUCAUCAGGAAACAUGAAAUCAAGUUACACAGGAUAGAGCUCCCACAGCAGCAUGUCUGUAAGGAGGAGGAGGUUCUCACUGAGCAGCAGCUCUUAAACCAGGAGAGGAACUCCAGUCUGGACCAAGAGGACCCAGAGCCUCCACAGAUUAAAGAGGAACAGCAGGAACUGUGCACCAGUCAGGAGGGAGAGCCGCUUGAACUGAAGCUGGAGACUGAUGCCUUUAUGUUGACUCCUGCUGAUGAGGACAGUGUCCACAGUGAACCAGAACUAAAAAGUGACCACCAACUGCUCUCUGACAACUCUCAUGUAGCUGAGAGUCAGGACCAGAGAGGAGGCAAGCAUGGAGACUCAGGAUCAACUAGAGAUGCAGAGCCAGAACCAACGAAGAGACCUGACAGCAGUGAAAGUCACAGUGACAACGAGAACAACUCCAACUUGCCAGAGAUUCAACAGAGUACACUUACAGACAAGAAGUCUUUCAGAUGUGACACUUGUGGAAAAGAUUUUAGGGCUAGAUUGACAUGGCGGAGACACCUAAGGACUCACACAGGGGAGAGGCCUUAUUCAUGCACAACAUGUGGAAAAGAUUUCCUAACUAGCACUGCGUUGAAAGUUCAUACAAGAGUCCACACAGGUGAGAAACCAUAUACCUGCAAAGUAUGUGGGAGAGGUUGCACAACCAGCAGUCAGCUGAUGAUACACAUGAGAAUCCACACAGGUGAGAAGCCGUAUACAUGCAAAACAUGUGGAAGAGUUUUUACACAAAGCUUUCAUUUGAAACUCCACAUGCGGAGUCACACAGGUGAGAAGCCUCAUUCUUGCAAGACAUGUGGAAAAGAUUACCGAUCUAGCAGUGCCUUGCAAGUUCACAUGAGAGUCCACACAGGUGAGAAGCCAUAUCCUUGUGAAUUAUGUGGUAGAGGCUUUGCAUCCAGCAGUCACUUGCUGAUGCACAUGAGAGUCCACACAGGUGAGAAGCCCUAUACAUGCAAAACCUGUGAGAAGAGUUUUACACAUAACAGCAGUUUGAAAGUCCACAUGAGAAGUCACACAGGGGAGAAGCCGUAUUCGUGCAAAACAUGUGGGAAAGAUUACCGAACGAGCAGUGCGUUGAAAGUUCAUAUGAAAUGUCACACGGGAGAAGAUGUACACUUGUGAAACAUGUGCCAACCCAUAUAAGAUAGGAGCCCUACAUUGUAAAAUAUGCGGGAUAAGACUAUUUUCUAGUUUGGCGAGGCAUAUUAGAUCACAUACAGGCAGGUUGCCUUGUAUCUGCAGAUGAUGUUGGAGACGAUACAGUUCUAGUGGUUUCAAUAAUCAAAAUCAAAAACAUGUAUAAAUAUAAGGCGCCAACAGAGGCCCUCCAGUGUAAUGAUCAAUUUAAUCUCAUCAAUUUUAUCUCUUAUUGUAAAUUAUUUUUCUUAUACUAUUGUAUUUAAACCUUCAUUAGGUUAAUAACACAAAAUUGUGCCUUUAAUCCAUCUCACUGUCCUGUAGAUAUGGUUUAAAGGCAGAAUGGGAGGUCAUAACCCUAACCCUGCAACAAGGAGGUGAUGCUUACACCCACUGACAUAACCGUGGAAGAUUACAUGAACUACAAGCAACAACAAACCAUGUGGUAGCAGUGCACAACGUGAUUGAUUGAUUUUUUUCAAAUCUUCUGUAUUCUAACAAUCAAGCUUUGUAAGUGUUAUAUAAAUGGAAGGUUAUACCAUGUACAUGUGCUUAUGAAGGUAUUGAUUUCUACCUUGAAAGUUUUCAUUAAAAUGUAACAUUACCGGAAAGCAAUUGUUCAUAAGUGAAGACCCUUCUGUAUCCCUUCAAGAAUCAUUGUGACUGAUGUUUAUAAUAACAACUCUCACCAAAGUA